AUGCCUAUCGCGUCGCCCGACCGAUUCGUACCUUUCCGUGUACCGCUUGGGGAACGGUUCCGAGCCACCAAGCAAGCCCACGAGCUAUCGCCGUCGGAGCGGCUAUAUCGCACGGACGACGCAUCCUCUGACGUAUUUUGCUUCACGCCGAAGCGGUCUAGUCCAGUUUCGUCUCGGCGAGCAUCUCGAUCCGAUAGUAACCAAAGACGUCUCGGCACCAUUCUCAGCUUGCAAAGUCUUAGCCUGGAGCAACGACAGGUCAGCAAUGGUGCCGUCUGGUCGGUAGGAGGUCUGGCACCCGGGGGGAUCGACGAUGGGCACGGCCGGCGUGUGAGCUCCGGCACGAAUGCCCGCCUCUACGCUACGUCGUUUUCGAACGUGAGGCCCAAAUCCGAAGAGGACCAGGAAAAGCACGAGGGUCGACUUGCUUUGGCAUUGAAAAUUGAUCGUGUUCAACGAAUACUGGAUUUUGACGGGUAUUCCACAUUCCCUAGCUGCAAGCACAAAAAGAGACCGUCUCUUCGGGAAACCAGGACGACAUGGACAGGAAGCGAGUGGAGCAAUGACCGUCAUAUACCAAAAAUCCACAAGGAAGAACGGUGUCUUCCCAACGCACCUUUCAAAGUUCUAGAUGCCCCGGGUCUUCGGGACGACUUCUAUUGCUCGAUCAUGGCCUAUUCUCGAACGUGUAACACCUUAGCUGUAGGGUUGGGUAAUUUGCUUUACGGGUGGUCGGAAUCCUCCGGUGUCACGCUUCUAAACGCGGGGCUCAAGGAUGGGUCGUGGCUGACGUCGGUAGCCUUCUCGUCGGAACAAGGCGGCAAGUCAAUACUUGCUUUCGGUCGAUCAAGCGGGCUUCUUUCCUUGGUAUCGCUCUUCGAUAGUCUGCUCCCCCGUUUCGAAGCGUAUCACCCCGAACCGAUAGCUUGCCUCUCCUGGCGUCCCGCCUCUACGUCACGACCGUCUCUGAGUAAGCGUAAUCCAGGUGUCCUUGUUAAGACGGAAGACCUCCUCGAGGUGGCUCGGGAAAAUUGGCGCGGCGCGAUAACUUUGCUUGCUCGCAUCAAAGUCCAUUCUCAGCAGAUAUGCGGCCUCGCAUGGUCUCUCGACGGCGAACAGUUCGCUACCGGGGGCAAUGAUAAUCUGUGCUGUCUCUUCCAUGUAAGCGGUAUUACCGACACGGAGCCUUGCCUAAGUCUAAGCUUUCCAAAGGUGCCAAUGGUUAAUCUCCCCUGCGGCGAGAAAGGGCCUCUCUCGCCAUUUAACGCGGGAGAUGGUGCUUCAAUUUCAUCUCCAGUCACCUUUGACUGUCCCAGCCCGCUACCUGCCAUAAAACAUCUACCGGCUGGUUCAGAGAAGCAUCGAUGGCGCCAUGGGGCCGCUGUCAAAGCCAUUGCGUUCUGUCCGUGGCAUCGGGGGUUGAUAGCCACAGGCGGAGGCUCCAACGAUAAAUGUAUCCAUUUCUACCACACGAAUUCGGGCGCCGCGCUCGCUACGAUCUCGGUGGCUGCUCAGGUAACGUCGCUCAUUUGGAGCACGACUCGCCGAGAGAUCGCGGCGACCUUCGGAUACGCGCAGCCCGAUCACCCAUACCGCAUCGCCGUAUUUAGCUGGCCUGAUUGCCGACAGGUCGCUGCCGAGAGGUUGAAGAGCCGCACCGCCGAGGAGGGUUGUAUCAUCGUAGCGAGUAGCGAUGAGAGCGUCAAAUUCCACGAGGUCUGGGCAGCUGGCCGCAAGGCGACCACGUUUGGCAGCGGUGUCCUAGCUAGGAGCGACAUCUUGGAGAUGGGAGAGGGUAUUGACAAAGAGGGUGACGUGAUUCGGUGA